CCGGUGCCGGUUGUCCGCAAGAUAGCUGGUACUUAUUAUUAUUAUUAUUAUUUACCUGUCUCUCGUCUUCCACCGGCUGCGUGACCCCUCAGUGGUUCGGUCUACCUGGAUUCCUGAGGUCGUCGGUUCUCCGUCCGCCAUGUGAGCCCCGCGCGUUCACGUUUCCAACGUCGUUCGUCGAAUGCGAGUGUGUCCGUGCGUGUGUCAUGUUGAUAAUAUUGUCGAUCUGUGUUUGGAAAACUGGUUUUGCGCCAAAAUCUUCAGCGAACGGUCCGUGAACAAUGCGUCCGCCGAUGGCGUAUAACUGGCUUGUUAUUUUAAUCGUAUUUCUGGCAGUUUUCGGCCGGUCAGAAUGCGUAUCAAACAACCGGCCGCCUCAAUUCCUCCCAGGCGGCGACAUGGCAAGGUUUUCCAUAUCCGAAGAUACCCCAGUUGGAAAGUCGGUUUACAAACUGUCGGCAAUUGAUCCCGAGGGAUCGAAGGUGACGUACACCGUGAGUGGCCAACAUCUGAACAUCGAUCGAUUGACUGGUGUCGUCACACUAGCGAAACGUUUGGACCGGGAAACGCUAGAUUCGCUAGAAGUCGUCAUCAGCGUGACCGACGAGCCAAUCAAAGACUCUGAUGCAAAUACGGUGUCUCUGAGAAGAGAAAUAGCCAUCAUCGAUGUCAAUGAUAAUCCACCGGAGUUCCUAGGGAGACCAUAUUCGUUUAGCGUUUCAGAAGACACACGAGUUGGUACCAUAAUAUAUAGUAACGUGACAGUUAUCGAUAAAGACAUUGGAUUGAAUAGCGAGAUUUCCAUGACAUGCAUUCAAAACAAUGAACCUUGCGUGACAUUUAACCUGCUCACCGAAAAAGUGUCCACAGGUACGUACGUAGGUUCUAUCAGAUUGGCACGUCCACUAGAUUUCGACACAGUGUCAUCGUACAAACUCACUGUGAAAGCAUCAGAUGGAGGGCUGAAAAACACUCUAUCGUCCACCGCAAAUAUUUCGGUAGUCGUCAAGGACGUGCAGGACGAACGUCCGGUCUUCACGAACUCGCCGUAUUCGAUCGUGAUCGACGAAAAUACGCCGGCAGGCGUACAAGUACUAAAGGUCAACGCCGAAGACGGUGACGCGGGUUUCAAGAGGCCAGUCGUGUUGAGUUUAGAAGAUGAUUCCCUCGGAUAUUUCACCGUCGAGAAUGAGUCUAACGGAACUGCCUACAUAUUCACCAGCGACAAUCCUAUCGAUCGGGAAAACAAAAUAGUUUCCGACGCCGGUGGUAUUUAUACGUUCAGAUUAAAGGCUACUGAGCUGAUCAACAACGAAUUACCUGGUGACGUCAGCUACGAGAUCGUCACCGUAGUAAUUCAAGAUGUGGACGACGAAAAACCCGAAUUCAAUGAAAGGAGUUUCACGACGUCGGUAUCCGAAGACAUUAGUAUUGGAACUCCAUUACCGGGAUUAAAUAUAAUAGUUAAUGACAAGGACUUGGGGGAUAAUGGAAGAUACGUAUUGGUAAUGAGGACCCAAGACUCCAGAGUGUCUGAUUGGUUUAAAAUUAUUCCUGAGACGGCCUUGGGAAGGUCAACCGUACUGAUUCGUCUAGUUGACAACGAUGGGUUUGAUUACGACGCAGGAGUAACUGACGUAGAAUUCGAUAUUGUUGCUAUGUACCAAGAUAAAAUGAGUGGUGGGUUCAAAGAAGCUUCUGCAGCUCAUGUGCAAGUCAACGUACUCGAUGCUAAUGAUAAUUUACCAAAAUUUGCUCAAUCAACAUACGCAUACUCCAUACCGGAAAAUUUGGUACCUGGAACGAGUAUAGCAAAUCUCACUGCUACCGACAUUGAUAGUGGUAUAAAUGGCGAAAUUACUUACAGUUUACAAGGUUUUGGAAUGGACAAGUUUGGUAGUGAUCCUGAAUUCGGCGGUAUAUAUUUGACUGGCAAGGUUGACUACGAGCAGCAAAGUUCAUAUUCUCUAACUCUCGAAGCGAAAGACGGAGGUAAUCGUUCCACCCACGUAGUUAUUUUGGUUGAAAUUGUAGACGUUAAUGAUAAUACUCCAGUAUUCAAUUCGUUAGAAUACAAAAGAACUAUACGAGAAGGAGGUACUGAAUUUCAGCCUAAAUUCUUUGUUCAGGCAUCCGACGCCGACAGUGGACUCAAUUCUAUGAUUCGUUAUUCGGUCACUAGCUCAAACUACAACGGUGUCGUGAUGGUGAAUCCGAUCACCGGGGAACUGACAUUGAAUUCUCCGGUAAACUCGAGUCACACGUCUCGGGGACAAUAUGAGGUAGUGAUAAGAGCGACGGACCUGGGAAUUCCACCUCUACAUUCGGAUGCAAACCUCUACGUCAGGGUUGGUGUUCCAGGAAACCAGAGGCCCAUGUUCAAAAAUCUCACAUAUUCCGUCACGAUACCGGAAAACACGCCGAGGACAAUGGACAUACUGAGGGUUCGAGCGACUGAUCCAGACGGGCCUGACCAUCUGAUUGAAUACAGCAUGGUCAAUAGUAACGAUAAUUUUCACAUCAAUAAGAAAACUGGAGCCAUAUCUGUGUCAGAACGCGCCAUACUCGAUUUGGACUCAACGGGAUUGUCGCAUUAUCACUUGGUCGUUAUGGCUAUGGACAGUGGGCUGCCUAUCAGAGAGGUUGCACACGCUGACGUGUUCGUCAACGUCACAGACGUGAAUAAUAAACCUCCCAAGUUCGACGAUAAUAUAAGUUACAUAGUAUACGUACCUGAAAUCACGGAAAUAGGCGAAGUCGUGUACAAAGUAAAUGCCGUCGACCCGGAUAAAAAUGCUUCGAUCAAGUAUGCGAUCGUUGAACCAAUUAAAGCGAAUGACAAAACUGGAUUGCCGUUGAAAAACACAAGCUUAUAUAAUUUCAAAGAUGUAUUCAGCGUCAACAAACAUACCGGCGAGAUCAAAGUAAAUUCGGCGCUUAGCUAUCAGAUGGCGUCGGUGAUCGUAUUGACCAUUAGAGCGGUAGACAUGAAUGCCGUCGAAAACGUUCACGAACAGUACGAUGAGGUGGAAAUCACAUUUUUCGUGAAGCCGUACAUGAAUAAAAACCCCGUAUUCACUAAUUCCGGAUGGUCGGCCGACGGUGACUCGUCCAUGUUAAUCGUGCGGGUGGACGAAGAAACGCCAAUUGGUACUGAACUUGUGCAGCUGAAAGCCAUCGACGUGCUUACCAACGAGUCGCUUUACGAUUUCAAGGCUAUCACGGCUGUACCGCGACAAAUUGCCAUGGACUAUGCGGGCAGAGUCAUACUUACAGAACGACUGGACUACGAAACGCUGGAGAACAAGACGUUGACGUUUCAAGUGAAAGUCACUACCGAAGACCGUGAGCGGUCCACUAACAAGACCAUAGUGAUCGAAGUACAAGACAUAAACGACAAUAGUCCAGAAUUUGAAUAUCCCAUUUAUCGAACUUCUCUCGUAGAAUCCAGCCCAAAAGGUACAGUUGUCUUGUCGGUGAGAGCAAACGACAAAGAUUUACCGACGUCCCAAAAUGGUAUAGUCAGGUACCAUCUGGGAGGUGAAAAUUCAAAUUUGUUUACUGUUGAUCCUAUAAGCGGAGAGAUACAAGUUUCUGGAAAUGGUGUAAUUGAUCGUGAAAAAACUCCAAUUUUAAAAUUAAUGUUAUUUGCAUCAGACACGCCACAAGGGGGUCCUCAUCAAAAAAUUUCUUCAGUACCAGUUCAUAUUGAUGUGAAAGAUAUAAACGACAAUGCACCUGAAUUUGAUACUUCAAUCUAUAUUGCAGUAGUAUUAGAGAAUGUAGUUCCCGAAACAAGUGUGUUAAACGUAUCGGCACACGAUCCGGACGAAGGAUCUGCAGGGUUGGUUCAAUACAAGCUCAUCGAUGAACAACAACUUCAUGGUUUAUUCUACAUAAAUCCAAUGAAUGGACAAAUAAAGACUUCUAAAAGAUUAACGGGUAAAGGCCGCUCUGAUCCGUAUGAAAUGAAAAUAAGAGCCGAAGACAAUGGAGAACCUGGAAUGUUUUCUGAUGUUAAGCUUAGUCUAUACAUCAGCGAUAUAAUUGAAAAUGAUGGAGUUCCGACUUUUGUACAUCCAACUGCUGAUGAAAUCGCAUAUGUUUCUGAGAAUGCAUCAAUUGGAUCGUUAGUAUUCAGAGCAGUGGCUACAGAUCCAGACGAUCCCAAUACACUAGAAGGAACAAUUCAUUAUAGCUUUUUAGAAGAGACAAAAGAUUCUUCAUUUUUUUCUAUUAAUUCAGAAACGGGACUAAUAACGACCACGUCAAUUUUGGACAGAGAAAUACAAGACAAAUAUACUCUUGUAUUAGUAGCAAGAGAUUUAGGCGAUGUUCCUCAACAGUCCACAAAAGUUUUCAACGUUAUUAUAACCGACGUCGAUGACAAUAAACCUGUAUUUAAUAGAUCGAUCGAAGAAAAACCUUUAAUGAUGGAAGUCGAAGAAGAGUCACCUCAUGGUACCUUAGUUGGUUUCAUAGCAGCGUAUGACCCGGAUAUCGGGGAUAAUGCAUUGAUUGAUUACAUUAUAACGGAUGGAAACGAGGGUAAUGUAUUUUAUUUAAACUCUUCGAAUAAUGUAGCCGAAAUAAGAGUAAGUGGAGAAAUUGAUAGAGAAUCUGUUUCUGAAUAUGUUUUGACAAUAAAAUGUUUCAAACCUAAAACAAAAGCAUAUAGUUUGCAUAAAUCGUACAACAAACAAGAUCCUAGUGAGAGACAGGUGGUUAUUAAAGUACUUGAUAUCGAUGACAAUUUACCGAAAUUCAUCGAUGAAAAUUUAACUUUAGGCGUUAGGGUAAGCGUUCCUCUUGACACACUUGUGGCUACAAUACAAGCCACAGACGUUGACAAUAUGGCAGAACAAAUCACGUAUCACAUCACAAAUCUCACUUUUGCUCAUAGGCUUGAAAGCCCAAAAGAGAUCAAGAGCUGGCCAUUCUUUUUAGAUCAAUUAAGUGGUCAGAUCAGAACUACAUCUUCGAUGGCAUCCUAUUCAGAAGGUUACUUUAACAUAAUUGUGGCAGCAAUCAACAGCGACGUGCCUGGACGACAUUCUAACACUACAAUCAAGGUGUUCAUUGUAAAAGACCGUGGGUUGUUAAAGUUUGUUUUCACAAGACCACCAAAUGUAGUAGGCCAUUACAUUACUAAAUUCAAAGAAGAAGUCGAAAAAUCUCUAGGGAUACCUCAAGUUAGUUUAAACUUGUAUGACACCCAGUUUUAUUCAAAAAAUGACGGAAGUCUAGAUUUUAGUAGCACAGGUUCGUGUUUUCAACUAGUGGGCCCAAACAAUUACAAUCCAAAAGAUACUAUAUCGUUACUCGAAGACCCUAGUAAUCAUGAGCUGAAAAACGUGUACAAACAUUACGAAGUUAAAAACAUUGAACGAUGUUCCCCGAAACAAGUUAAAUCAGCUGUUACUUGGGUACAGAUAUCGGUGUUAGGUAUUGCAAUUUUCAUUGGAUUCGUAUCGAUUUUUUCAAUAUGCCUUUUAUGUUGUUCUUACAAAAAAUGGAAAAGGCUACGAUAAUAACUUGAUAAAAUAAUAACUAUCAAUUAGACGUGAACUCAGUGAUGUGAGUUGCCAUGUAAAAGUGCUGUGAUUCAAUAACUAUAUAAUCAAAAUAUAUAAUAUUAUGUAUAUAUUUUAAUUUUAUAUAUGACCUAAAAAUGUAAAUAUAAUUACUGUGAUUAUUAUAUUAUUUACUUGCUUUGAAAUGUGUUAAUUUUUUUGAUAAGUAAUUGCUUAAGCAAACCAUUGUUCACCUUUUAGUGUAAUAGACUUAUAGAAGUAAGACAUUAUAAUAUUAUGAGAAUAGAGAAUAAUUAUUAUUCAAUACAACUUAUAAAAUCUACUUUUCACUUAUGACGUUUUCCGGUAUCAAUACCGACAACCGACUCAAGUUCAUACAUAUAUGAGUGCACAAUUCAAUAAGUGAUCGGAUUUCUUCCUUUUAUAUUGCAAUAAAUAUGUUCUUAAUAAGAAGAUUAAAAUUAAAAGCUUAUGAUAAAGCACUCUCGUCUCUCUUGAUUUACUUCAAUCUGUUUCUAAGCAGAGGUUUAAUGCUUAUAACUUAUAUAAUAUAAUAAAGCACAAAAUAUAAUAAUAUUAAACAAAAAUAAUUAUUUUAUAGCCAGGAAAUAAGUUUAAUUAUCAACAUUUUUCUUUAAGUUCAUGAAAAUUAAAAAUGUUUUGUUUAAUUACCGAUAGAAAUAAGCAGUAAAAAUACUGUCUGAUGAGAUAAAUUAUAUAAGUUGAGUGAGGGAAACGUGUUACAUUUAUAUUGUAAAAUUGAUUUUGAAAGUUAUAAAUCCGUCCAUUCGAUAAACGAUUAUGAAUACAGAACAAAGCUAAAUAAAAGUAGAGAACCUGAAAUUUGUUAGUUAAUUAUACUUAUAAAUCUGGCUUUUUUAUUGAAGUCCCCUUCAAUAUUUCCCAAAAUUUAAAAAUUAUUUUCAGUAUACGUUACGCAGUGGUCAUACAUUUAUAGGUGUACUGAAAAAUAAAAUAAUUUCAAUAAUGGCCUUACAAGAUUACGUUUCAUAGAAUAGUCGGAAUUGGGUGAUUUUUUUUUUAUUAUAUUAAUAAAUUAUUUUUUAUUAUUUUAAUUAUAUUAGGAGGACAAUAAAAUGUAUUCAAGUUGUAUUUACCUUCGAUUUUUAAUGAUCUUUUAAAUGAUACUAGAAAAAUUCAUUUCAAAUACACAGAUAUUGUAAUACAGACGUUUAUUACAACAUCGGAAAAUAGAGAUUUUUAUCAAAGUACAGUUUGGUAGGUAAACUACCAUCUUUUUUUCAAAUAAAAAAAAAUAUGAUUGAAAUAUGGCUUUUUUACGAGGCGAGAGGGUUUUCUUGUAACCUAACUUUUUGUACUAAAAAGCCGCGGGUCCCAAAACCCUUAACAUUUUUUUUCAAUUUUUUCUGUUAUUUUUUCUUACAUUUUAGAAAACAGUUGAGAAUUUUAAAAUAGUUUAUAGGUACCUACUUAAAUUAGCUAAUAUAUAUUAAAUUCCCAAUUAAUAAAAUAUUUGACUUCUUGAUGAUCUUUGACUCAAAAAAUGGUCAACAAUUUAAAAUAUAAACCAAUUUCACUCAAAAUCUAAAAUAACAAAAUUGUUAUAAUAAUAUAG